GAUUUGCUAAAACAACUUUUGUACUUUGCAUUGCCCUCUGAUUCCAUAUCAUAAACUGGCUUUUGUACAAAUUCUGCCGACUCAUUCAUCUUUUCCAUGCUGGUCAAUUUGUGGAAAAAUAUAAUUUUGUCCUUAGCAAAAUAAUUAAAUCAUGGCAGCCACGCUAAAAUUCGACGAGCCUUCGGAACUCCGGAUUCCAAUGCCAUGGGGGCACAUUUCAGCCAAGGCUUGGGGAAAUCCUUCUAAAAACCCGGUACUUGGAUUACACGGGUGGAUGGAUAAUGCUGGAACAUUUGACCGUCUUGUUCCAAACUUGACCAAUUCCAUGUAUUUUGUUGCGGUGGAUUUACCAGGUCAUGGCCUAAGUUCUCACAUUCCUGCCGGAAUGCCGUACCAUUUCGGCGACUACUUAAUCACCAUUAGAAGAAUUACGAAAUAUCUCAAGUGGUCAAGGUUCUCCAUCGUGGGGCACAGUAUGGGUGGCGCUCUUGGGUCUUUUUUCGCAUCCAUGUACCCAAAAAUCAUUGACAAGCUCGUGCUGUUGGACAUAAUCAAGCCGAUCAGUCAGGACGAAGGAGUCACUGCGGAAAAUAUGGCGUCAGCGAUCGAACAAUUUUUGUCCAUUGAAGACAAACUGAAACCGGAUUUCGUUCCGAGUUAUUCGUAUCAGGAUGCGAUGCAGAGGCUUAUCUCGGCAACGGAUGAGAGCUUAACUGAGGAUGCAGCUAAAUGUUUAAUGACGAGAGGGACGAUUCGUGUUGACGAAGAAAAGUGGUCAUUUCGCCGAGAUUUGAGGGUUCGAAGUCCAACAAUUUACCGGUUUAGCCACGAACUGAGCAUGAACUUCUUGACCAACAUUCAAUGUCAUUUACUCAUCGUCAAGGCCAAAAGUGCUCCCACAUUUGGUGGACCGGAACCCGUUAUCGCAAAAACAUUGGGGAUUUACAAGGCGAAAUGUGCUUCAUUUGAAUAUGUUGAAGUGGAAGGAAAUCAUUUCGUACACUUGAACGAACCAAAGCUAGCUUCUGAACAUAUUAACAAUUUUUUUCUUAAUGUUCCAAAAUCAGUACUGUAAUUAUGUACUGAGGCAGCUAUAGACAAACAUUUAGUGCAAAUUCUCUGCAUUCUCACAUGCACCAGUCACAAUUAUAACGAUACCAAAGAUAUUCAUUCCAUAUUAUGCACUGUUACAACUUACCAUAAUUAAUUCUAUAUACAAAUAUUUCGGCACCAUAUGCAUGUGCACGAUAUGAAUUAACUGUGUUCGGUUGGGAAUGCUCAAUUUAAUAAAAGCUCAAAAUGUUAUCAUGGAUUACGAUUUCAAAAA